AUGGAAUCUCUCUUUCCCGGUCUUCCAGAUGAAAUUGGGUGGGAAUGUCUACUGAGAGUGAAGCUGAACUCUCAUCACAAACUCAGGUGUGUCUGCAAAAGCUGGAACGCCGCAUUGAAAAGCCCCCACUUCUAUGGAGAAAAAAAAAGAUUGAAGUUUUCGGAGCAACGGAUUUGCAUGCUGCAGAAAAUAGACGGCAUUUGCAACAGAGUAGCGGUUUACGACCUCGAGAAGAACUCUUGUAAAAGUCUACCGCCCAUUCCCGGAGAAAUAAACAACAUCUUUCACUGCCAUUUCGUGAAACAAAAACUGGUUUUGAUCCCCGAUUUGAUUGCCGGCUCUACAAGAUGUGUGUUGUUGUACGAUUUUGCUUGUUUGAAAUGGCGGCAGGGUGCCAAAAUGCCCAGAUGGCUGAAUGGAUUUGCAUCCGCCGCGGAUGAACACGGAGGACUGAUUUAUGUUGGUGGGGGGUUUGACAGGUUUUACAUUGAUAGAUGGAACCGUAGGUACAGUUUCGGUAACCCGGUCCGUAGCGCUUUAGUUUACAAUGUUGAAGAGGACAAAUGGGAUCUUCUCCCCGACAUGAACACCUAUAUUGCCUUGAUAGAUCUUCUCCCCGAUAUGAAAACCAUUAUGGAGUUCAUCGAGCUCUCCAUUAAUGGUGUUUUUGCAGAUGGCAAGUUUUAUGUAAUGGGAUAUUCUGGUAGCUUUGAGGUUUUUGAUUCCAAUGCAAGAAGCUGGAAAACUAUGGAGAAUAGAUUUGACAGUUGGUGUUAUGUAUGUGUAUUUGGGCGCUUUUAUUGCUUCUCUGGAAGGGGAUUGAUUGAAUAUGACUAUGGCCAAGAUAACCUGGACUUUCUAGGGCCUCUUCCAACGGAGGAUUGGGCUCGAUCUAUUGACUUCGCUGUAGUGGUCGGCAAUAAAAUCUUUGUGAGCAAAUGGAAUACCAUUCAAGGUCAACAUUUCUGUAUGGUCGAACCUCCAAAUGAGAUAGGAGGAACAUUCAAGUUGAUUGACACCUUGGCUGCAUCAUCGGACCUCAAGGGUUCUACUAUACAUGCUGCUACCCUGGAUCUUUGA